AUGAAGCCGAAAGGAGAGAAGUUUACAGCAGCAGAGGCGAAGGAGAUCGUCAAGCAGUCAAGGCUGAGGUUGGAACAAGAGUUCCGCAAGAUAGACGAGAGGACGCAGCAGAAUAUCAAGAGGAUCUUGGACGCGUACCGUGAAGCUCGCGUCGGCCCCCACUUGUUCGCAGGCACCGACGGGUAUGGGCAUGGCGACAUCGGGCGAGACACGCUGGACGAGAUCUAUGCAAAGCUGUUCGGUGCUGAGAAAGCUCUCGUACGAGUCCAAUGCUUCUCUGGCACCCAUGCCAUCUCCUGCGCUCUCUUCGCCGUUCUCCGCCCGGGCGACGUCAUGCUCGCUAUCAGCGGCAGGCCAUACGACACUCUCGAGGAGGUGAUAGGGUCUCGCAAGGAGGACCCGGAGCUUGUGCCGCAUGGCAUGACGGGCAGCUUGCAUGACUUCGGCGUCUCGUAUGCUCAAGUGGAUCUGACGGAGGACGGCGACUUCGAUUUGCCUGCGAUCGACGAGGCUCUUCAGCUCCAUCCUAACGUGCGACUCAUCCACAUCCAACGAUCCUGCGGGUACCAAUGGCGGCCCUCCAUCCCUGUGGAGAAGAUCGGCAAGGUGAUUGCGUGGAUCAAAGAGAGGAGACCUGACGUCGUCGUCUUCGUCGACAACUGCUACGGCGAGUUCGUCGAAGGCAUCGAGCCCACGCACGUGGGAGCAGACCUGGUGGCUGGUUCUCUCAUCAAGAACCCGGGUGGCACCUUCGCACCUUCUGGGGGCUACGUCAUCGGCAAAGCCGUCUACGUCAAGGCGGCGCGACACAGGCUGAGCGCUCCUGGAGUGGACGGGGGGGCGACUUUGGGUCAGACACGCCUUCUCUACCAGGGGCUCUUCAACGCUCCCAUGGUGGUCGGAGAGGCGAUCAAAGGAGCGAACUUGCUGGCAGACGUGAUGAAUCAGCUGGGAUAUGAAACCAACCCUCGCAUCGGAACCCCAAAGACUGACAUCAUCUGCGCCCUCAAGCUUCUCAACCGCGAGAACUUGCUCGCCUUCUGCCGUGCUGUGCAGAGAAACAGCCCCGUGGGUUCCUACAUCGUGCCCGAGCCUGGAACGACGGUGGGCUACGGGGACGAGGUCGUGUUUGCCGACGGAACCUUCAUCGACGGAAGCACGCUGGAGCUGAGCGCGGACGGACCUCUGAGGGACCCGUACGUCGCCUACUGCCAGGGGGGGACCCACUGGACCCACUGGGCGAUCGUGUUGGAGGAGGCGCUGCAAGGGAUUGUUCCUCGGGAAAUGGAGGCGGAGGAGAAGUAA